AUGGGAGGUAAAUUCUGGUCUAAAGAAGAACAGACAUAUUUUGAGUGCGAAAUUAUGCCCAUGUCUCGCUUCAAUGGACCUAACGGCACGUACAAUCCAAACAUAGGCAAGUCCUGGGCAGAGCUUGCAGUUAAGAUGCAGAAAUACCUAGGUGGCGAAGGCCUAGCCCGUAGAGUAUACACGGGAAAUAUGCUGUAUGAACAUUGGUACCAGACUGUCAGGAAAGUUUGGGGUGAGAUUCGCGCAAAGAACGCUAGAGCCAGUGCCAAAGCUGGUGGUCGUGGCGCUGACAGACAGCCGCGAACAACCCGUAGCAAGAAGCCGAAACAGAGGGCUAAUAACAUGCCUCCUCCGUCAGUAGUUCCCCGGGAGCCCGAACGCCUCUUGAUACUUCCUACAAGACCACGAAAUGAAGCCAUUCCUUCCCAAGGCGACACGGAAUCUCCACGCCACGCCCAAGAUAAUCCUCAGAUGGGACAAGUCUUUGCUUUUGAAAGUUCUUUCAGAGAAUUUGAAGGCCAAAAUUUGGCUCAAAGACACUAUAUUGGUCCUUCAGUAGCUUCGGCUCAAUCAUCAAACCAUCGAUUUCACCGACAUCGAGCCCCUGAUAGACCAUAUUUAACCCAUGCCGAGGGCGCAGAAUCGUACCAUCGACUACAUCUUACUGGGUGCCUUGCGGGUCAAAGAUUCUGUUUCUCUCAUGAGCAAGAAGCUUGCAGCAUCGCAGCCUUUCACCAAGUCUUGGCCGGUCAAGAACGCCAGACUAUCAUUAUCAGGGAGCCUACUCCUGAAGAUGAUGGACAAAGCCUCUUUAUCCAACAAUCUCAGCCCGAAUUCAACUGCAGACUUCCCAUCCCGCGCCCUAAUACGGAGCUAGAUGCGGCUCAUACUAUGACGAUGUUCCGUUCCCAAGAGAUGACCACACUACGUGGCACCCCUUCGACUAGCCGUCAAAAUCACGAAACCCGCAGUUCUUUGUGCCAGGUUCACCCCCAUGAAUAUGAGUCUCAAAGACAUGGUACAUUUCCAGGACCUUCUCUCGCACCAAUAAUUUCUCGUCAAAACACACCACGUCAAGGUGAAAUUCAGGGUCAAGUGAACCAAUUGGAGGAGAAUAGCAAGGAAAAGGAACAGUAA